AUGUGCGUUGCUAAUUGUUCAACUGAUGGUGGCUAUUCAACUGCACCUAUUUCAAUUUUAACUGAUUGUACUUCAUAUAGUUCUACAUUAGGCAUGAUGUCAAGUGAACGAUCAGCCAAUAUUACACUUAAUGCUGGUGCAUAUUUUUAUGUAGCAUAUAAAGGAAGUGCUUGGAGAAAUUUGUAUGCUACUUUUACAAGUGGUCUUGAUUGGUCUAUUGUAUCUUUAAUUGAUCUUCGCUUACGAUCUGAUGGUAUAAUUAAUACUCCACCAGUAGCAAAUGUUCUUUCGCCUCAGUAUACUAUUGUAAAUACAACGACUCUCAUUGAUAUAUCUGUAUCCGACAUCAAUACAGAUGAUGAUGUGGUUUUACCAAAUGAUACAACUCUAUCCAACUGUACUAUUUCAUUUACAGGACUAAUACCGAAUACCUGGUAUCCUAUUGCUUUACAGGUGGAAGAUUUUAUUAAUGAAACAAGUACAGAACCAAUGAGUUCAGUACCAGUUCAAUUUUUAAUUUAUGUUCAAGCAACACCAUCAUGUACAAUAUUACCUGUCUUUGUAUCUUUAUCAGAUUGUCUAGAAGUGCAAGUUGGUGUAACAAAUAAUUUUACUCUAUACGUGAUGAAUUUAUGCAACUUCAGUGCAACAAUCACUGAAGCCAUUAUGACAAAGAAGAUUUCUGGUGUGACAACUAGCAAUGUGAAGAAUUCAACAACAAACACAUUAUCAUAUAUACAAUUAAGUUGGACACCACAAUCAAGUCAAAUUGGAACACAAGAAAUGUGUGCAUAUGCUUAUAACAGUUUAUUAGUACGUUCAACACAAUAUUGUGUAACAUUCACAGUAACAACAUCAUCUACUAACUGUCCAACAACAACAGUUGCUGGAGUUUCAAUGACAACAGUAACAACAAAUAGUAAUGGCAUGAACAUUCCACUCAUUGUCGGUUUAUUCUUUCUGACAUUUAGUUUAAGAAAUAUAUAA